GGGAGGAGGAGGAGGCGAGUCACGUCUCGGCCAUGAGGGAUGGACCCAACGGAGAGACAGCACCGGCUGAAGGAGAGCAGCCGACUUCCAACCCGAGCGUUUGGGUUGCUGUGUGGAAGAGCCCAAGACAAGGGAUGCAGAUCCAUGGCAUCGACACGACCGUGUCUAGCCAGGUGGCGACAGUCUGCUGGGACGGCAGCUGCGAUGUCUUUGAGCUGGAGCCGCACGCGAGAGGCUUCAUGAGGUCAUGGAAGCAACCAGCUCGUCCUUCUUCCGGUCUCUAUGCCGUCAGCUUCGGGCUGAAAGGGGAGAAGCGCAUCCUCGCAACCGCCUGCAUGGAUUCUCUGUGCCACUUACUGUCCGGAGAGGACGGCAGGUUAUUGCAGUCGUUGAAGGGACACACGGGAGAGGUGAACUCGCUCAACUUUCAACGAGACGUUUCGGGGGGCCUGACGAACCGGCUUGUCUCCGGGUCUGACGACAUGACCUGUGUGGUCUGGGACGUGGAAAGAGGUCUUCCCGUGCAGACGCUGGCAGGGGAGCAUGAGGAAGCAGUUUACGGCGUGAAGUUCCACAAGCAGGACGCUUGCUUGGUCGCCUCCGUCGCCUUCGACCGGAUGGGCUUCCUGUGGGACUUGCGGCAGAAGUCAGCGGCGCUUCGUCUGGAGGGGCAUCGGGAUGACGUCAUCGGCCUUGACUUCUCCCCCUGCGGUAAAUUCCUGGCAACAGGCAGCGACGACUCCACGUGCCGCCUGUGGGACCUGAGGCGGACUUUCACGACAGUGGACGAGCUGCAGCAUGCCAUGGAAGUGAAGCGCAUCGCCUGGUCGCCAUGCGGCAGGUGGCUGGCGGCUGGCUCGUCUGACUGCACUGCGUACGUUUGGAACACGGAGAGAAUGCCGUGCACCCUAGAGGGAAAGCUCGAGGGUCACACGGCUCAGAUCUUCGACGUUGCUUGGCUGCCCAGCAGUCUUGGCUGGGCCUCACUAGUGACCGCAAGUCAUGACCAUCACUGGAUCGCCUGGGGCCCAUCGCUCGACGAUGUUUAAAAGCGAGAAUUUACUACUCCUCCACCACUGUACGAGCUCUCCUCUCGUUUACACAAUCUACAAGAC